AUGGCGGAAAACUUCAAAGGACAGGGCAAGAAGCCAUGGAUUCCGCCUAAUCUUGCGGCAGUACCAUAUGGACCAGUACCAAAAACGCAAUCGACACCAAUUGAUCAAAUGCCUCCGCGGGACCUUUCAAAUCAGCAACUCCAGCCUCGAUUUGGCAUGAAACCAAGACCCAUAGAAGAGAUGCAACCUCGAUCCAGCAUUCCAAGUCAACAAAUUCAGCCUCCAUAUAUCAUGAAACCAAGACCCAUGGAAGAAAUGCAGCCUCAAUCUAGCCGUCCAAAUAGCCCAUUUCGACGUCGAACUAUUAUGGAGCCAAAGUCUAUGGAAGAUAUGCGACCUCAAUCCAGGCGUUCAAGGAGCCCAAGACCACCUCGACGAACUGACAAAAACCCGAGGCCUAUUGAAGAGAUGCAACCUCAAACCAAGCGCUCAAUUAGCUCACUUUUAGGUCGAAAUUUAAUGGAGCCAAGAUCUAUUGAAGAGAUGCAACCUCAAACCAAGCGCUCAAUUAGCUCACUUUUAGGUCAAAAUUCAAUGGAGCCAAGGUCUAUCGACAAAGUGCAGUUCACGCCCAGAUCUAUUAAAGAGAUGCAACCUCAAACCAGGCGCACAAUUAGCUCACUUCGGCCUCUGAUUGUAAUGAAAUCAAAGUCUAUUGAUAACACUCCAACCCCGGGCGAGAUACCAAAUGUUCCAAAGGUUUCACUCAUGUCGUUAAAGGCCUGUCCAGCAACCUCUACUGGAAAUGAUUCCACAAAGCAAAAAUCUGGAAGACAAACAUUUUAUAUGUUUUCUGAUCUUCCGUUGGAGCUUCAAAUCAUGAUUUGGCAAUGGUAUGGAAGAGUCCACGCAGACAGUAAUCCGAACGUCAUCAAGAUCUUACGCUGUUUCAGACCUGUGCUACAAAAUUUCACGGUGAGAGAGAAUCCAUCAGAGCGGGACUCAUACUUUGCUAUAAGUUACAAGCUUCCUCCCAUCUUUUAUGUCUGCAAACUUACUUUCAAAAUUGCGAAAGACUUAUAUGAGAAAGAAUUCCAAGUAAUUCCAAUGAUUAAGGAUGAUAAACAGUUGACAUACUUCAAUGAAGACAGGGAUAUCAUCGUUUUGGAAGAUGCUCAUGUAUUGAGGGAUUGGAGAUACAACCGCCAGACUGAAGCUGAAUUCGCCGGAUGGACGCAAACAAGCUUAUCUCGGCCCGCAGCCGAGAGAAUCACAAGAAGAAUCAACAUGAAACAUCUCGUUAUUGGUGGAACAAGCCUAUCGCAUAUCGAGGCGAGGCAGCUGGCAAGAUUUUAUGAUUGCGAGUCCAUAAUGUUGGGGGUGCCCUAUUUGAUUCGCAGCAGAUUCUUCUCCACGGAGGAUAGAAGCCAACCCGACCGUGAAGCUAUCUCAUUUCUUCGUGAUCGACUCUUACGCUUCUGGAAGGAGGAAAGACGAGGUCCUUUUGUUAGGGAAGACUAUCGCAGAAAGCCCACCCGUCCAGUGGUAGUUGAGCCAAGUUGGGAUACGACUGAACGAACAAUAUCCAACCCAAUGUUCUUUAUCUGUACCGGUGACGAGAUAUCAUAUCAACUGCACCGUUUACAUCCUGCAAUCACGAAUUUCAUGAGACCAGUCCCAGAAGCUAAGAGCUCUAUCACUUUCAUGAACGGUAUGAAGUUCUCACAUAAGCAUUCUAGGCUAUUCGAGUACCCAUGGGAGUGCGUUCCAAAAAAAAAUAGCUAG